AUGAUAUCUGAACCUUUCCAAACUUUCCAACACAAAUCCGAUGAUGCUUACGAGAAUUCCAAGGAAUCAGAGAUCUGCACAUAUUCUGUGCCACUCAGUCCGGUCAUGAGCGAACAACACCAUCACAAGGCUCCGAACCACAGCCGACCUCUAUUAUACGUCCCCAAUACACUAUGGACGCGAUUAUUUGCAGCAACCGUCAUUACUGAGACCGUCCUCACAGUGGCAAUUGAAAGCUGGAUACUGAUGAGCUUGUGGGACGACCUCGACGACGACAGCAAAACAAACGGACAAAUGCGCCUCCAGUCAUUCCUAGGCCUAUACAUUUUCGCUCUGCUAUACGAAUUGGCUCUGUCAUAUGAUGCACUGCGUCGGAGGAACACAAUCCAGUUGGUCGGACUCUGCAUCUGUAAUCAGGGCCUAUUCGCAUUUGGCAUCCUUCAGAUGCGGGAGAUCAACGAUACUAUCGCCACCUUGGCCGAUAAAAGCCUCAGCGACCAUCUGCAGGAAUUAUAUAAAAUAGAACUCAUUCUUGUCCCGGUGUUUUUAGGUACCGGGACUCUGUGCAUGAGCUUUUUUACGUGGAAGUUGCGCGCGGAGUUUUCAUGGUCUAUAUACAAGAAUAUCAGCGCGGACUUGCAGAUGAAGCGUCGAUAUUUCGUUUAUCAGGUGUAUAUCGCUCUCCUGAAGUUCGAUUUCUUCUUCGUAUUCGGAAGUCAACUCCAAAUCCUCCUUGUCGUCUUUCAAGCCCAAGACAUGGAUUUUAUUAUCAAUGCCACUGUGAUCCCAAUCACGAUAAUGACUCUAGUCCUCUCAGCUCAAUUUUGCAAGCGUGAGAAAACGAAAUCUCUCAUACUCAUGAUGUUAUUUAUGCUUCUUAUAAUUGGAUUCCUUGUCCUCAUCCUCAUUCGAAUUCACAGCAGCGCGGAGAGCACUGAUUUCAGCUCUUUCCGGGUGUCCCUGACAUUAUUUGCGGCAGUCUCAGCACUUUUGAUGGUUCUCACAGUCAUCAACUCCGUGCUGUGUAUCAUGAAUUUCAAUAAAGGGUUGAAGAAUCACGUCUUCUCCCCCAAAAAGCGGAAAACCUCUGUCUCGUUGGAGCUCCAACCCCAAGAGACAUCUACGCGCUUCCUGUUGAACUAA